AUGAGUGCGAGCGUUUCGUUUAAGAGAAACAAAGUUCCCCAACUGGCACACUUGCCCAAAGAGCACACUACUGUCAAAAUAUUCCGUGAGCAAUCAUUUGAGCACAAGAAGCCUGUCGUCUUUGGAAAAGAGCAUGGUUCUCCGACGCCUCUUCUGCCCGCUUUGAAUAAAUGGUUCUCCCAAGACCUUAAGGACGCCUCGGCAACACUCUCAGAAUAUUUUUGCCAGUUUCGCGAUGCCAUUGUUCCAUACGAAAUAUACGCUUCAACUCCUGCGCAGAAAGAGAGCUUAGUGUUAUUUCAAGACUACCUCGAGAAAGAACAAACGCAAGGCAAGACAAUUACAAGAAGUUGGGACUCAUGCUUUGCAAGUUCUACAAAUGGUCAGGACUUUUUCCAGCUUCACGCUCCUCUUCACCUCGUCACUGAGGUAUUGAAGUUUAAUGAUAUUGUCCGGAAGAAAGAGCUGCAAGGGAUAUCCCUAUAUAUUGCACAGUGUUCGAUCGCCGAUCUACCUCAAGCUUUGCAGGAAGACAUUCCCACUCCAGAAAUAGUCUUGCAUGCUGGAAAGGGGGAUAUAUAUGGCUCCAGCAUUUGGUUGGGCAUAACACCGACCUAUACACCUUUGCAUCGGGAUCCAAACCCUAAUAUGUUUUGCCAGCUGUCCGGCACCAAAGUCAUCAGACUCAUGCCACCAAGAGCAGGAGACUGGUUGUUCAGACAGGUCCAGGCCGAACUACAGAGAUCAGGCAAUAGCCGUAUAAGGACGGAUGAGAUGAUGCAGGGCGAGGAACGAGAUAAGCUCCAUCAGGCCGUUUGGGAAGCCGACCCUGAUAAACCCGUGCCACCGGGGACAUACGAGGUCGUGCUUAAUCCUGGAGAUGCUAUGUUCAUUCCUACCCAUUAUUGGCAUUCUGUCAAGAGUGUCGGGGAGAGUGGGGAUUUGAAUGCCUCGGUCAACUGGUGGUUUCGAUGA